CUCUCUGCCUGUGCCUCCUCUGCCUUUACGUCUGCACUGAAAGCCUGUGUCAAUUUCUCCAGCUUCCAGGUCGUGUGGAACAGAGAUGCUGACACCACAUUACAGGGUCCCCAGUCUCCUGGUUAUCCUGCUGGGCCCCAUCCUGAUGCCUGCCAGCCGGGCCGCUAUGGACAGCCAAGCCCUGUAUGAGAUUGAGAAAGAGCCGGCAUAUUGGGAUGCACAAGCAAGGGCGACACUGGAUGCUGCGCUCAGAUUACGUCCUCAGGAGCACCAGGCCAAGAACAUCAUCCUGUUCCUGGGUGACGGAAUGGGCGUGUCCACAGUGUCAGCAGCUCGAAUCCUGCGAGGUCAGAUGGAUGGUGGAUCUGGAGAAGAGACGAUACUAGCCAUGGACACCUUUCCAUACGUGGCCCUCUCUAAGACCUACAGUGUGGACAAGCAGGUAGCAGACAGUGCCAGCACUGCUACAGCCUACCACUGCGGUGUGAAGGCCAAUGCAAAGACAGUAGGACUCAGCGCUAAAGCGGUGGCCUACGAGUGUAACACCACCUUUGGUAAUGAGGUCUACUCAGUUCUGCGGCGCGCUAAAGCACAAGGUAAAUCAGUAGGAAUAGUGACCACCACCCGUGUCCAGCAUGCUUCCCCAGCAGCCGCCUACGCCCACUCUGUCAGCCGCAGCUGGUACAGUGAUGCAGAUCUGCCUUCCAGUGCUCGCGAACAUGGUUGCGUCGACAUUGCCACCCAGCUAGUCACCAAUGUUGACAUUGAUGUGAUUCUCGGUGGAGGCAGGAUGUACAUGACUCCAAAAGGCACCCCAGACCCAGAGUACCCUACCUCCAACUCCCGCAAGGGGGACCGCAAAGACAAGAGGAACCUCAUUGAUGUGUGGCUGAAGGCUAAACCAAACAAGAAAUCACACUAUGUUUGGCACAGGAAGGAGUUUGAUGAGAUAAAUGUUAAAAAUACUGACCGACUCAUGGGUCUGUUUGAGCCCAAAGACAUGAGAUUUGAGGUUUUCCGAAAUAGCACGCGUGAUCCAUCCAUUGUGGAGAUGACAGAAAAGGCUAUUCAAAUACUGAAGAAAAAUCCAAAAGGAUAUUUCCUGUUUGUGGAAGGAGGGAGAAUCGAUCACGGUCACCACGAUGGCAUUGCCAAACUGGCACUGACAGAAGCUGUGAUGUUUGACCGUGCCAUUCAUCGUGCUGCACAGCUCACCAGAGAAUCAGACACACUGACUGUGGUCACUGCUGACCACUCUCAUGUCUUCACCUUUGGUGGCAACACGGCUCGAGGAAACCCCAUCUUUGGAUUAGCCCCAAAGAAAGCUGACGACCAAAUGCCUUUCACUAGCAUCCUGUAUGCCAAUGGCCCAGGUUACGUCCAUAUAAAUGGAACUAGAGAGAACAUCACUUUGGUGGAUUACUAUGAUGAGGAGUACAUGCAGCAGGCUGCUGUGCCACUGGAUGCUGAGACACAUGGUGGGGAGGAUGUGGCCAUCUAUGCCAAAGGACCAAUGGCUCACCUGUUCCAUGGUGUAAAGGAGCAGAAUUAUGUGGCACAUGUCAUGGCCUACGCUACCUGUUUGGAGCCUUACACAAACUGUCCUCCUCACACGCACCGUCACACUCAUUCCUCCUCUGGCUCUGUGAACACACCUUCCAGCCUCUUGUUUUUCCUUCUCUGUGUUCUCUUGUUGUUCAGAUGACCCCGCCCAAUCCGGCACACGUGUUACUUUGUAUAAAUGUAGCAAUAUGCACUAAACACUCGCAGGGUAUGCAUGUGCACUGUAUGUGCACAGGCUGUCAACUUAGAAUCCAGGGAUAAAAGUACUGUAUUUCUUAAGAGAAAAAAAGAUUCUCUGUACGUCCAUAUUUACAUGCACAGUUAACCAAACAUGCAUGCAAGCGUAGGCUUAACUUGCAUGUGCUAACUCUAUUCAGGUGCAUACCAACAGCUAUGCAGGAACCUCAAGCUACUACAUAUGCAAAUUAACCAUAAUUCAUAUGUAAACAGCCCUCCGUGUGUUUCCACUGCAGAGCCAUCAAAACUUGUUGUAUUUUAUUAAAGGCAAUUACAGCCUAUAUGUACAUAUGUGACGUCUAACAUGCACUAACUUUUUUCAUUAUUAAGUGUGAGUUUUGCCCAUUAUGUUUUUCUCCAGUUAAAUACAUUCAGUGUAAUCUAAAGCUUUGGACAGCAUAAACUGAAACAAACAGAUUUGAGCUAAUUUUUUUCUAUUGGCCACGUAUACAGGGCACAGAGCUGUAACAUGAUCAUCACUGUCCAGGUGAAAUAAAAUACGAUAAUGUAAUCCUGAAUUAUGAGCCGUCAUGGCGAGUACCAGCGUUAUCAGACCUGAGAAGAAAUCAGAAAGACUGCGUUAAAAUAUCUGCCCUUCAUUAUGUGUCUUGACCUUAAUAGCUCCUAACCUUUUAUGUUUCUCUGUUAAAUUGCCUGUCACUUGAUACCAUAAUCUAUUGGAUUGUAAACGAAUGUAUUUUAUAAGCAAGUUGAAAAUGUAUUUUCAUACUAUUUCUUUUCCUACAGAUGUGUAGGCAUAGAACAUCUGGUUUUCUUUGUAAAAUCGUUCUCCAUUUGAUAGAAAAUAUUUUGGGUAAUGCCCAACUUUAUGGGUCAUUUCAUUUAAUAAAGAUUGCCAAGAAAGAGCAUAUGUGUUUUUACAUUUUCUGGAUUGGCUGUGUUCCAGAGUAAGCGUAUUACAUUGUUGCCCAAACUUUUAAGAAAAGAUUUAGAUACUGAUGCUAACAUUUUGAAUGUGGAAACUGAAACUCCUGUUAAGCCCUCCAACAGAGUCUGUGAAAUAAUGAUA